CGUUCCAAAACAAAUAUGGCGGAUGCUUUAAGUCAUCCAGAAAUAUUACCUUUGGAAAAACUUCAAGAUAUCUUAACUUCUCGGGGAAUACCUUUUAAAGACCUUGUAAAUAAACACAAAAGCGAUUUGGUUCAACUAUUCUAUCGCUAUGUCGUCCCUUUGCCUCAAAGAGAAAGCAAUAUGCGACGAGCAAAUAGGCUUAAAAUUGUUAGAAGAAAAUUAAUAGGACAUGGCAAAGAUCGGGAAUGCAAAAGUCGUGGAAUUAAGCGAAAAAACAUCUCAUCAGAACUUAACAAAAGAAAAACAAAAGAAGAUUUCAACUUUUCACAUAAAAUCUCUGCAAUGCCUCUGGUCACUUCAAGCCCCACAACAGAAUGUACAAACAAAGUAACAAAACUUUUUAUGAAUUGUGAGGUGUCAGAGCCACUGAAUGUGAAUGAAGAAUGUUUGGAAAAUUCAAAACAAAAUCAUUCUGCAACAAAAGCAAAAGUAACUGGACAAAGUAGCUCUUUAAUGGAAGAUGCAAGAAACGAGAACAAUUCACAAAGCAUUAAAGACAACGACACAAAAACAGCUAAGAAAUUUAAACGAAUUACCGUGACCUGGCCGUAGGCGUAGUAUCACUGGUUUCGCCUAUGCCGUUUACUACGCCCAUCAAUGGACAACAUGGGAUUACCGAUUACGGCAGCAUUAAUUGACACAACCGUCAAUAACGAAUACUGUCGUUAGGUGUACCGUGUACGAUGGUGUUUCCUCAGUCCCGCUAAUCUUAAUGAGGGCUAACUAUGGCCUGUAUCGUAUUAUACACAUGGAUUAUUCUAUUAUUAUAAACUUGAAGACUUUUUAUUUUGCGUAUGAAACCGCUGAAUGUACGAACGUUUCUCUGAACGACACAAUAUAACAUUUGAAGGCGGAAAUUGUAAUUUAUGCCGUGCCGUUUGUCAGAGAAUUUACGGUUCAACGAACUCCCUAAUUUCCAUCGCAUUAUAAAGAAUGUUAAUUGUUGCCUUGCGUUUUUAAUUAGAUUACGUUAAACAAUUACCAUAAUUCACGAUUACCAUGCCUGCGUGGAGGAUUUUUGGCUGCAUUGAAGAAUUAAGAUCCUCGGAAAUGCAAAGAAUGAAAGUUGAGGUUUACACAUCCAACAGCGGAAAGCAAGAUACAAAUUGUAAUAUUUCAAACAAACGUUCUGAAAAGAAAACCAAGGAAAGGCGAAAAACCCAUGAAAUAUUCGAAGUAACAAACAACUCAAAAAAACAAUGUGAGUUUGCCUUGAACUAUUCGAAAAUUCAGCGUAAUAAGAUUGCUAGUACAGUCCCAAAAUGGCCCAAAGAUAUAUAUGGUCAUGGAUGCAGUAAAGCGCAACAGUUUGAACCCACAAGCAAACGCAAGGUGGCCUGGCUCAAAGAAUCCAGCACACAAUGCAAUGAUCACAACAGACCAGCGUUGUUGUGCAAAAAAGAGAAAGACCCUUCUGACGUUAUGGAUUCAGAUGUUGAUGAGAAAAAAACAAGCCACAUGGGUAUAUAUUCCUAUGUAGUUCAAGGUCAAUGAAAUUACAUGUCAUUAAAAAGGUACACCUUGUUCUAUCCAUUUGUCAGAUUACAAUGUACAUCAGUUAUAACAUUCAAAAAGUAUUAAGUGUUCAAUUUUUAACAUGUCCAGUGUGCUGUUAGAGUAAUUCAGGUACAUACCUAAUCACUGUUUAAUAAGGUAGAUAGAUAUAUGCCUACAAUUUAACCACGGAGCUUAAUUUUUAUGUUGUAUUUGGAUAGAUAUUAGAUCAACGUAAUUAACUGCUAAUUAUCAAGCAUUAACAGCUCUUAAAAUACAUUGUAUUGACAACUAGUCAACUAUAGCCUUGGAUGUUUAUAACUGUUAAGCAUUAACACUUAACAUCAUAUUUCCUAGCAGCAAUAAAAUGGUAAGUUUUAUUCCACCUACAAGAUCAUAGAGAUCAUACACUGGCAAAUGCUAUGUGCUCACGAGUGUCGUUUUCGAGCGUUUUCAAAAUCGUUUUCAAAAUCGUUUUCAUCUAGUUUAUCGCUGUGACGCCCUGCACACGCGAUCCAAGGGCAAAUAUGCUAAAUAUGUUAAAUUAGCUUCAACCCCUACUGUAAAUUGAUGGUG